AUGGACUACGGAACUAUAACAGAAGACUCUUAUUCUUUUUGCCUUACCAAAGACCUUGAUUUGCCAUUAACAGUACGAAUUUCGUCUCUUGAGGGCAUGCGCAGGAAGAAGCCACUUACUGCCCUGCUUGAAGAUCCCACACUUAAAUUCACAGGUUUGCAGACCAGUGACUAUUCCGAUUUGUUCGCAAGCUGUCAACUCUACGCUGAUAACAAACCACUGACUGUACCAGUGCGAACUAGUUACAAGCCUUUCAAGAAUCAUUGGAGUUGGAACGAACGGCUUACAAUACCUAUCAAAUAUCGUGAUCUACCCGUCACCGCGCAGUUGGCAAUAACGGUAUGGGAUAUUCAAAAUCCAAGGAAAGUCGUUCCUGUUGGUGGGACUACUUUUAGACUUUUUGGAAAGCAUAAACUAUAUCUAUGGCCAGAUAGAGAAGCGGACGGCCAGCUGCAUACUACCACACCCAGUAAAGUUGGCGAUAAGGACGAAAUGGAUAGAUUAGAGAAAUUGGUAAAACGGUUUGAACGCGGAGAUAUGACACAGCUCGAUUGGCUUGAUAACUUAGCAUUUAGACAAAUAGAAAAAAUACACAAGAAUGAAUCUUCAAAAUCAAAAGAACUUUAUCUCUAUAUAGAUCUUCCCAAGUUUGAUUUUCCAUUAAUAUUUAGCGAAUAUGAAUACACUCCCCUAACACAGUCAACGGUGUCAUCCACCCAACCAGCAAAUCCGCAAACGACCGCACCCACGAAUUUUAAUACAAUACUAGUUAUCGAUCCGGAGAUAAUGAGAGAAAACCCUGUAGAAGCAAAACAUAUUAGAUUAGGAAGAAAUCAUAGAAGUGGUCCAUUGGAUAGAGAUCUAAAACCAGACGCAAAUAUUAGGGAUGAUUUGAAUAAAAUUCUUAAAUAUCCUCCAACACAGCAGCUCACAUCAGAAGAAAAGGACAGACUGUGGAAAUAUAGAUUUUAUCUUACACGAGACAAAAAGGCUCUUACCAAGUUUCUCAAGUGCGUCGUAUGGUCAGACUCUACAGAAGCAAAACAAGCAGUUGAGCUGCUUCCAAAAUGGGCCGAUAUUGACAUUGACGAUGCCUUGGAGCUUCUUGGUGCUAAUUUUGAAAACAGGGAAGUCAGGAAAUAUGCUGUCAAUCAAUUACGGAAAGCUGAUGAUGACGAACUACUGCUAUAUUUAUUACAAUUGGUGCAAGCCCUAAAGUUUGAAAAUAUAAGCGAUAAAUCACACGAAUCAAGUUUGGCUGAAUUCCUAAUCGAGCGAGCAAUAAAGAAUCCAAUACUCGGAAAUAAUCUUCACUGGUAUCUCAUGGUCGAGUGCGAAGAUAAAACGGUUGGGAAAAUGUACGCGAAGGUUGUUUAUAAUUAUAUGAAAGCAAUGAUAGAGACACCCCAGCGUAGAGAUAUUCUAUACAAACAAGGUUUACUCAUUGAUACCCUCUCGUCAAUAUCAAAAGAGAUAAGACUUAUGAGAGACACAAGAGCUAAAAAGAUCGAGAAACUAAGAAACAUUAUAUCAGAUCAAAAGAAAGAUCUUUUAUCAUUUUCACCACUGCCAUUGCCACUUGAUGCAAGAGUUACAGUGACAGGAAUUAUACCAGAGAAGACGACCGUGUUCAAAAGUAAUCUUUUCCCACUGAGACUUACAUUCUCAUGCGCAGACGGGAGUGAAUAUCCUGUAAUUUUCAAAACUGGCGAUGACCUACGUCAAGAUCAGUUGUUCAUUCCGUCGUCAUCGCUUGCCAACGUGUUGAGUGAUUUCAACGGAAGUUUAUUAAUGUUCUUAAGAGCUCACCAUCCCGAAGAGAAGGCAGUGGGAACAUAUGGGGUAGCACCGGCUGUGAUGGAUACUUAUGUUAAGAGUUGUGCUGGGUACUGUGUGAUUACUUAUCUUCUGGGGGUUGGAGAUCGUCAUUUGGAUAAUCUCUUGUUAUCUCCUAAUGGAAAUCUGUUCCACGUAGAUUUUGGUUUCAUUCUUGGACGUGAUCCCAAACCAUUUCCUCCACCGAUGAAACUUUGUAGGGAAAUGGUGGAGGCUAUGGGUGGAGCAAAUUCACCACAGUAUCAGAAGUUUAAAAGUUACUGCUACACUGCAUUUAGCAUACUGCGUAAGAAUGCUAAUCUUAUCCUCAACCUGUUUGCCCUUAUGGUUGAUGCCAAUAUACCCGAUAUUAAAAUUGAGCCUGAUAAAGCUGUCAUGAAGGUACAAGAGAAGUUCCGAUUGGACCUUAGCGAAGAGGAAGCGAUAAAAUACUUCCAAGCAUUAAUUAAUGACUCUGUCAGCGCUUUAUUCCCUCAAGUCAUUGAGACUAUCCACAAAUGGGCCCAAUACUGGAGGAGGUAG